AUGUAUUCCAAGACAGCAUUUGUGUAUCUCCUUGCAUCCGUUGCAGAGGCUCGUUUCGGACAAGAGCAGGGAAACGGUGCUAUUACAGCUAUCGGAGCAUUGACUAACCUUGGUCAGCCUGGUCAGGCGGCUACUCUCGCUGGUACUUCCAUUCAGUUCCUGCUUGCAGCAGCUAAUCCUUGCGGAAAAUUGACCCAAGCCGACAAAAUCGUCGCCGAGCUUGGAACAAGCGAUGCAGCCAUCGCCGCAGCUCGCGGUCUCGUCGCCGCUGAGCAAAACUUUAACCCCUUCGUCGUCAGCAUCCCAUCAAUCUGUUCCGAUCCUACUCUUCCCACUACUGCUGCUCUCCGUGGUGUCGUUCCUCUCAUCGACCCUGCCGUUGUCGGCCAGGACAUUGAGAACGCAAACUCCAACUCCUCCAAGACUACGCCCUUUGACGCUACUGGGUUGAGCGUUGCUCAGGUCAUGGUUGCUCAUGGCUUCUCCAACUUUACUGCUGUCGCUCAGGAUGGUACCAAGGUCGCCGCUUCUGACCUUGGAACUGCAGCAGCAGCUGGUACUGAUACCGCUCCUGCUACUGCUGCUGCCACCGAGACUGCCGCCGUUUCCUCUGCUGCUGUUGCUGCUGUUGCUACCUCGUCCGCUGCCGCCGCUAAUGCCUGUGCAGCCCCAUCUGCAACGACAUUGGUCACUGCCGCCAGCUCUGCAACUGCCACAGCUGUUGAUGCUGCCACAUCUACUGCCGCCGCUGUAUCAGCUGCAGCAGGAACUUGUACCGGCUCCGGAUCAACCAUGCUCUGCAGUUCCCCUGCUGCAGGCGCUGGCGCAGUCUCUGACCCCGUCACCGGUACCUUUGACGGUUUCGUUGCAUCCACCAUCGCCGGUCUUGACUUUGGUCUCUGUGUCCCCACCAUGAAGUUCGAGGCUGGUCUUGAUGGUCGUGCUACAACUGAAUCGACCUUCCAGGCCAUUGAUCCUCUGGUCAACAAGGGCCAGGAGGAGGCUUUGAACCCCAACAUCAUUACCAACAGAAUUCACGACCAGUUGACUAACGUCUGCGGAGCCAAUGCCGCUGCAAAGAGUGCCGCCGCUGCUGCUCAGACCAUGAUUGCCAAUCUGGGCACAAGGGAUGCCAGUACCGCUGAUGCUUGGAACACCGCUUUGGGUUUCGCUGGCACUAAUACCAACCCUGACAAUGCUCCUAAGACCGGUUUGGUUGGACACACCUAA